UCUACAAUUAAGUCUUCUUAGCGUUUGGGAAGGCAUCUAGAACAUCAUGGCGACCUCCGCAGAAAGAUUUGCGCGAAUCGUGUACAGAAACUGGCCCAGUAAUGUGUUCAACCCGCUCACAAGGGUUAUCAACAAGCAGAUGUGGAGAUGGACCCAAGGCGUGACCUUGAAACCAACUGCCAAGAUUCUGGUAGAGUUUGACCCCUGGUUAGGGCCGGAGAAAACCAUCUCUUGUAGAAAUGCUCUCAGAAUGUUUGCCAACCCAAAAACACGGAAGACCAACCCAAAGUGUGAAAUCACAACAAAAAUCAAGAACGACAGAACGGAACCGAUUAUUGACGUAGAAUACAUGGAUGGAGAAAGAAUCAUCUUCAAGUCAGCAAAUCUACAUGAACUUGAGAUAUUUGAGAGAUACAUGAAGAAAGCUGCAGAGAAGGAUCCAGAAAUUAAACUGCCACAAUGAGACAUUCACAACAGACAAUUAUGAAGCAGUGAAUGUCAAAAAAGGAGAAUGUUAAAGGAUUUGUUUAGCUAAAAGUGUCUUGAGAAAUAUAUCAGAUGCUUCUAUCUACAAUGUAGUUAUUGCCCCAGUAAAAGAUACAUAAAAGGCAAUUGUGAAGAAAUAAAUUUGUUACAUUUUAUUUCAGGGAUGGAAUAUGUUAACAAUUGUAUUUAGUUUAGUACAUAAUUAACAAUUAACAAAAUACAUGUACAAUUGAAGGCACUAUUACUGUUAUUUGUUAUCCAUGCAGAUCGUUAGAUGAAAUAUAUUCUGAACUACAU